AUGGCUACCGAUAAGUUAUUUAGAAUUCAAUGUGGUUAUCAAAACUACGAUUGGGGUAAGAUUGGUUCUACCUCCGCUGUUGCACAAUUUGCUCACAACUCCGAUCCUUCAGUUGUUGUAGAUGAAUCAAAACCAUAUGCUGAAUUAUGGAUGGGUACUCAUCCUUCUGUUCCUUCCAAAGCUAUUGAUUUAGGAAAUGAAACUUUAAGAGAUUUGGUCAAUGCUAAUCCAAAACAAUAUUUGGGUGAUUCAAUCAUUAAAAAAUUUGGUGAUUCUAAAGGUUUACCAUUCUUGUUCAAAGUUUUAUCCAUUGAAAAAGUCUUGAGUAUUCAAGCUCAUCCAGAUAAAGAAUUGGGUGCUAUUUUACAUGCUCAAGAUCCAAAGAAUUACCCAGAUGACAAUCAUAAACCAGAAAUGGCUAUUGCUAUUACAGAAUUUGAAGCUUUCUGUGGAUUCAAGCCUUUAGAUCAAUUGGCUAGAAGUUUGACUAACAUUCCUGAAUUAAACUCAAUUAUCGGUCAAGAAUUGGUUGAUGAGUUUGUAAAUGGUAUUGUUGUUAAUGCUGAACCAGAAACUGAAGAUGACAAGAACAACAAGAAAUUGUUGCAAAAAGUUUUCGGCAAAUUGAUGAAUUCCGAAUGUAGUGAUUUGACUCAAAAGGCUGCUGAUUUGGUUGUUAGAACUGAACAAGAACCAGAACUUUUCAAAGAUAUUGAUCCAAGAUUACCAGCUUUGGUCCACAGAUUAAAUAGUCAAUUCCCUAAUGAUGUUGGUUUAUUCUGUGGUUGUCUUUUAUUGAACCACGUGCAUUUAAACCCUGGUGAAGCUAUCUUUUUACAAGCUAAAGAACCACAUGCUUAUAUUACUGGUGAUAUUAUCGAAUGUAUGGCUGCUUCCGAUAAUGUUGUCAGAGCUGGUUUCACACCAAAAUUCAAAGAUGUUGAAAACUUGGUUGAAAUGUUGACAUAUUCUUCUGUUUCUAUUGAAAAACAAAAAAUGCCAUUGCAAGAUUUCCCAAGAUCUACCGGUACUGCUGUCAAAUCAGUAUUGUAUGAUCCACCAAUUGAAGAAUUUUCAGUUUUGCAAACCAUUUUUGAUAAAACCAAAGGUGGUAAACAAACCAUGGAAGGUGUUCAAGGUCCAUCUAUUAUCAUUGGUACUCAUGGUAAUGGUUCCAUUCAAAUUAAAGGUGAUGAUUCUACUAGACAAAAAUUAGAUACAGGUUAUGUUUUCUUUGUCGCUCCAGAUGUUGCAAUUGAAUUGAUUGGUGAUGAAAACCAAGAACAAGAUUUCACAACAUAUAGAGCUUUUGUUGAAGCAUAA